AUGGCCUCUACUACUUAUAUUUUUAAGGAAGAUCUCGCGAGACUCAAGAGAGAUGCCAAUCCUUUGAGAGAUACCGGUGGGAGUUUGUACGGCCAGUGGACCAGCACUGGAAACCCAGUCGUUCAUGUUGCAAUGAGCAAGAGUGGCAAGUAUUCGGACGGUGUUGAAACAUUCUUUUUCAAAAAUUACAGGCUGUGCCACAUCGGGGAAUGGCGUAUAGCAAACCCUGAUCAUCGUACCAGAGAAGCUCUUCUAUCUAAGUACAAGGGAUCCAGACCUGUAAAAAGAUUUGUCAUUCUUGAAGUGAAUGCGGACGCGGUCUAUCCUUUUCUUUUCGUCGACGGAAAGUCACAAGAGCAAGGGAGAGUUGAAGCGCUUCAAGGGGAAAAUCCGUUCAAUAAACUGGAACUGCUCGGCACGCCAUCUCUGAAUUAUUCGCCGGGAACCUCGGGGACACAACAUCGAUUGCCCGCGACUGGACGGGAGAUGCGAGGGAAUCUAGUUGAUGUCCGAUCAAAUCAGCCACCUGUGUCACACUUUCAGCAGUACCCGGUACGCACUCGACAACCACAGGUUCAAGAUGUUUACACGUCUUCGAGUCAGUGGUACGCCAAAGAAAGUGGAGAGGAAAAGCUCAAGCAAGUAUUUCUGAAGUUGAAAGAUAUGGCCACGAGGGAAGAGGUGGAGAUGAGUCGGGAUACCCGUACUCACGACAUGUCGAUGUCCUUUAUUGACAAGUAUCGCAACAGGAAGUGGGAAGUGAAAUUUUCUGCUUAUUUUCCCCGUGAUGGAGCAUUGGUGACAAACAAAAGUCAAGCAUUACCUCAUGGUCCCUAUCGCACAAGUGGUGGUGAAAGUGUGGAGAAAGAGGUGGAUGAUAUUAAACGUUACAUAUUCAGGCAAUGA